ACGCCCCUCAUUCUCUGUGUGUGUGGUUUGUGUGUAUAUGUGUGUGUAAGGGUGCACCGUUGGGGGGAGAAAGAAGGAGUGAAACACAGAGAGAGAGAGAGAGAGAGAGAGAGAGAGAGAGAGAAAGACAGAGAGAAAGGGAGAGACGGACUGACUUUUGGGAAAAGAAAGGAGAGAGAAGGAAAGAGGACGUUUGCACUUUUCUAGAGCAGCUAGGAGGAGAAAAAAGCAGACAGAGGGGAAAAACAGCUGGACAGUCAGAGUGUGAGAGAGAGACAUAGAGCUGUAGAGAGAGAGAGGGAGAGAGAGUGUAAGGGCAUUAGUGAGUGCACUCUGGACCCCAGUGUGUGUGUUUUGGCCAGCAGUGAAGGAUUUGUGGGACGUUUUUGAGUGUUUAGAGAGUGUGUGUGGUGUAUUUGUGUGUGUGUGUGUGUGUGUUGGGGGGUUUACAAUGGAGACCUCAGGACCUGAGGAUGUUCCAGUGGAGGCGAAGGAGAGGAAGAAGAUCCAGUUUGCUGUCCCCUCCACAGCUCCAACACAACUGGACCCCAGGCAGGUGGAGAUGAUACGCAGACGGAGACCCACACCAGCAACACUGUUCAGAGUAGCUGACCAAACAUCACCUGAAGACGAUAACUCCACCCAUCAGUGGGUUGUUGGAGAGAACGGCGUCCUCAAACCCAAACGAGUCAACUCCAGUGUUUACCAGCCUCCCUCACUAAAAGCUGUCCAGCAGAUGGCUGAGACUCAGAUGCAGAAGUUGGGUGUGUAUCCUCACAUGGAGGAGGGGGAGGAGCCUUUAGAGACAGAGGAGGCGGAGUUAUUAAGCCGCACUGCUGAUUCACAGGGGGAGAGAGAUGACCGGCCAGAAUUUAGUAAACCGGUGACUGCAGAACGAACUGAGGAGGAGGAUGAGGAGGAAGAGGACGAGGAAGAUGAGGAAACAGCAGAAGAUGAGAGCAGAAACGUGGAGUAAAAUGGAGGGAUGAAGAAGGGAGAGAGAAAGAUUAUGUAGAAAACUUUCAAACUUUUACGUUUUAGGAACCUUAAGCAAUAUAUUUAAACAGAAGAACAGUGUGUGUGUGAGUGUGAGUGUGAGCGUGUGUGUGAGCGUGUGUGUAUUUUUGGUAAAAUUCCCAGUUUUCAUUUGGGUUGGACAAUACACUGUCAUCAACAGUCAGUCAUCAACAUGAUAUUGGCUUUUGCAGUAUUCAUAUCAGUAAGGCUGCAAUAUGCAAAUGAGCUCUCUGACCACAGCAUAUUUUAGAGUGUGCUGAUCAUCUUGAUCAAUCAGUGUUCUCAGCGUUUAUGCUUGCAGGUAUAUAAUGCAGACCAUUCACAUUUAACAAUCACAUUACUGAUUUAUUAUUUCAUUAAUAAAGGUGAAUUCCAACUGUUUCUCAAGUUCACAGCAUAAUUAAAUGGUUUAUUAAAUACUGAACACCAUGGUGUAAAACUCUCUGUUAUGGAGGAACGUACAGUCAGAAUUCUUCACAGUGCCAGUCCCACAUAUACAAAAAAGGUGUCAGAUUCUGGCAGGAUGUCAGAAUUUGGCACAGCACUGGUGCUGACUGAUGAUGCUAGCACUGAGCACAUGAGUAGAGGGAACAAGACAUCAGAGGCAUGAAAUCCGGUCUACGAUCACAUAUUAAAAGUGACUCAAAUGUGAUUUGAAAAGAUCUGAUUGGACAUAUCCAUACUGCCCUGACAAAAUCUGAUCUGUGACACAGAUCAGCAGAUUUAAGAAAAGAAUUACUAUAAUGUUGAGAAGACUUUGUUUGAAUGGGGACUGGGAAGGUAUAGGGUGUGGUGCAAAAAACAUAUUAGUUCAGAUUAUUUUACUAUUCUUAAUAUUACAAUUAAAACGGAUUGUUUUUGAUAGUAAAGAAAUUAUAUAUAUUUUAUAUGUGUUUUAUCUAUAUCUGUAUUGUAUUUAUAGCACAAAUUCUUUAAAUUUAUACAGUAUUAAGCCCUAUCCGGACGGGUUUAGUUUCUCAGGGGGACGUCUGUGAAAAAUAUUUCACACACUCCUCAUAAAACUCUUGCAUCCAGACUGCAGUUGAAAAAACAGGAGGACCAGUGAGUUUUUAGGCUUUCUCGGUCACUCAGACAUGUGGAUCUGGACAAGACUAAAAUUACUAUAGGACCACAGAGUUUAGCGAAAAACAGUAGGUAAUUCUGCCUGUAAGUUUCUCAGAGGACAUCCGAGAAAAAAUGUACAUGGUCAUUCCAGACGGACAUAAAAUCACAGAGGACCCCCCCAUAAAAGAGAAAAAUACCCCAGCACCCCCUGAGAAACUAAUCCCAUCCGCAUAGGGCGUUAGUGUAUGGCUAUAUUUGCAGCCCCAGUUUCCCCAUGAGUCUUCCUCAUAUGUGUCACUUUAUAAAAAGUUUCUAUGUUUUCUAAAUCUCUGCUCUCAAACAUCAUCUGACGUGUCAUACCUCUUAGAUGGGUGUCGGUCCUCCUGAGUAGAUCAGAUCAGAUUAUAUCAUGGUUUAAAUUCAGUGCUAAAGUUUUAAAUCCAGAUCCAGAAGCUGAGAUAUUUGCAAUGUAUCAGAUCAGGAUCAUCUAUUCUCUAAGGGCAUUUUUCCCAGAGUAUUCCAAUUGGAUUGCCAAACAAAUUGGAUUAAAUCUGGAAAUUGGAUUUUUUUUUUUAGAAGCAACAGAGAUACUAUGAUGGGAUUGGAAAAUUCAUACUUAUGUGGUGAAACCUCAAGGUCAUUGAACUCUGAUGUAGCCUGUAUAUGGAUAUUAUUUUCUAUGAAGUAUACAUUUUUAAGAUCACUUGCUGCAUGCCUUAUUAAUGUGACUGAGUCAUGUAAUUCUGCUCAUGGCCACAAGGUGGUGGCAAGUACAAUACACUAGAGAAAGGACUAGAGAAACACUUUACUGAAAAAAUGCUUUAUAAUUGCAUAUGAAAGAAACUGCAAUGGGACAACUGACAUAACAGAUCUUUUGAUCUGAAGAUAAGUGUGUGAACAUUUUGUAUAAAAUGCAGUCUUGGGCAAAAGUUUUGUCAUGUGCUUUGGUUUAUUCAUCAUUACAUUUUGACACAAUUGUCAAAUUCAAAGGAUGUAAAUUGAACAACAAUAAUUCAAGCAAAAAACACUGAGAUACAAAGUUUUUGCUUGAUGGUGACAUAUUGGCAUUUUACCUUCUAAAAACUGCAACUACACAAUAUGGCAUCUAGACUCUUACUUUUACUCACUUACAACUAAAUUUUAUAUUUGUUUAAACACAAUCACCAUUUUCAAAUCUAAUAACUCAUUUACCCAUGUUCAGCUACCACACUGGAAAAAAUUAAGAGACCACUUCAGUACCUAACACAGUUUUUCUGAUUUUGCUAUUUAUAGGUAUAUGUUUGAGUAAAAUGAACAUUGUUGUUUUAUUCUAUAAACUACGGACAACAUUUCUCUUCAAAAUAAAAAUAUUGUUAUUUAGAGCAUUUAUUUGCAGAAAAUGAGAAAAAGCUGGACUAAGAGUUCAGAAAUCAAUAUUUGAUGGAGUUUUCUCCUCCACCAGUCUUACACACUGCUUUUGUAUAAUUUUAUGCCACUCCUGGCAGUUCACCUUGAUUAUAUUCUAGAGGUGUUUAAUUUGGUAAAAUCAAAGAAACUCAUCAUUUUUAAGUGGUCUCUUAUUUGUUUCAGAGCUGUAUAUUGGCAGUUAGUAAUAUAGUAAUUGCAAAUAUGUAUUCCCAACAAUAAAUAUCAAACCCAUGAGUGCAGAUUAGUUUUGCAUUAGUUUUGAAAUCUGUUUACUGAUAAUUCAGUCAUUUCAUUGCAAGAAAAGGAAGAUGUGGGUCUGACUGGGAAGUUAGUGAUGAUGACCGUCAUCUCAAAUAAGGCUGCGAAUAAGCCUGACUUCUCUGUGUGUAUAAUGAAAUAUAAUGUUAUCUGUCUUGUUUAUGAAAAACAGAAGCAGAUUAGAUUUAGACAUAUUUUCAAUACAUUGCUGGCUUGUGUGGGCGAGUGGUCAGGGUAGCAUUGACCAAUCACUAACACGCACGCACACACGCACACAUAUCUGAACCAAAGUGCUAAGCCCACUAACAAUCCUCUAUCGGAUUUAUAGAAGUGCGUCAGUAUUCACGUCACGCCAUGUACAGUAUUCUACACUACGAGUGUGUGUGUGUGCGUACAUGUAUGUAUAUUAUAUAUGAUUUUCUGUUUUAAAUCCCCUGUCAUUAUGUAUAUGUGUCCUUUCAGCACUACAUACCUACAGGCAAGAGCACAUAUGUUCUAUAGCUCUACUUGCCUUAUCAAUGAACACAAAAAAGUUUAAUUCACUGAUACUGUAUACCCUCAGCACAACAUGAAUGACACAUUAGACUAUUAUGUCCAUGAUCUUAAUAUUUUGAGUAUUCAUUUUGUGGCUUACCCAAUUCCACAUUAGAGAAACAGAAGAAAAAAGCAAUGAUUUAGAUCGUAGACAAUGUACCUGUUUUUCUCCCUUUUCGCCAAAAUGUCAGAAUCAUGUUUGGAGCAUCGCAUUACAUGUAUGCAUCACAUGUGAUGAAUAAGUUAUAAUUAUUUUUAUUUUGUCCAUUCAGGGGGUGUCGUAUGAUAUAAGAAUAGGGGGACAUUUAUUGAGAGGUCUUGGGACUUUUACAGAAUAAAUAAAAAUACUGAAAAUGUUUGAUUGUCAUGAUUUUUUAGAGUAGCAACAGGAAUAAAAUUGAACACAGAUGUUGCUAUUUGGUGAAGAUGUAGCAUGACAGAAAUCUGUCAUAAAUGAAAAACACAUGUAAUCCUUUAAUGCCCCUCAAUAGUAACACACUAUAUAUUUUUUUAUAUUAUUUUGAAAUAUGCUUAGAGCUUAAUUACAAGUCUUGACAAUGAUUCUAUUCAAUAAUUUUGUCAGAGAAAGCUGAAAUAGGUGAAAAUUCCUGCAUUUUUUUUUGCAAUGUCUGGCUUAAUACUCUUUACUAAACUGCUUUAACUCUGAUGGUAGGUCACUGUUAUGCAGCCCACCUUCAGUUGAGUGUAAGUUUUAUUUUUAAAAAUGUGUUCCUUACGUUCAAACACCAAACAUACUUCAUUUGAUCAAUUACAUUUGUGGUAAUCUAUGGGAAACUAUUUUUACCCUGAAUAAUCAUUAUAAGAAUGAUUUGCUCUGAAACCCAAGAAAAGCAAUCCUUACUGUAAUGAUCCUUUCUGAACUUUUCUCACGCACUUACUCACACACACACACACAGUAAGAGUAAAUGUAUGAAUGGGUCUUUUAUGUCUUACAGAAUCAUGUAAAUAAGUCAUUGUUUUUCCUUUGGUUUGUAACAAAUAAUAAGGUUACACACGCACAGUUAGCAGGAAUGGCAGUAAAUUCCACCAUAAGUCUGUGUACCAAAAGACUUACAUAAUCAGAAUUUCCUCAGCUGUAUAUAUGACGUCACUUAAACAAUAAAAGUAUAUUAAUCAUU